AUGGAGAUGAUUGAGAAUUGGAAGAAUAAUGAGCAAUCAGAGCAGAACAACAGCAAAGUAGCUGUCGAUUUCACAUCCGGAAAAACGAUGGCACACAAGGUUUGUUGUGCUUCAUUGUUUGAAAUUUUUUCUUCCUUGCCUAUCACGCCUGUCUCACCUCACCAUCUUUUUAUUUCUCUGGUAGGGUUGCAAGAAAUACUUCCCUGGUUUACUAAGGAAAAACAUUACUCCAUUGAAGACCUGGUUAAAUCUGCCAUUAAACUGUCUGUUUCUGACGUAUUGGAUACAAACGAGGCAUCUUUGAUACCCGGAGAGGCAGUAGAAGCUAACUUAGCAGAUUUGAAGAGGUUUAUUACAGAUGGUGCCUGGAAAGCAGUUUGCAAAUUAGGUUAG